UUAAAGUUUGUUGCUUUGAGCUAAAAACUUCAAAUGGGUCGUUUCAGUUUCAGUUUUAAAAUAUGGAACCAACUUGUGCUUUUGUGUUACCAUUUUUCUCUAAUUGGCUCGCAUUGAUUGGACCAUGAAACAGAUCUUGUCAAGUAUUGGAGUUGGCGAUUGAUUAGUGAAAAUGAGAUUGUUGGGCUUUGGGUGUGUGUUGAUUGUUCUAUAUGCCCUUCUGGUUUCUGGGAAAGCUGAGAUUUACAUAGUAACUGUUGAAGGUGAGCCUAUCAUAAGUUAUGCUGGAGGUAUUGAUGGGUUUGAAGCUACGGCUGUGGAAUCUGAUGAGAAGAUUGAUACUACAAGUGAAUUGGUUACUUCUUAUGCUCGUCAUCUUGAAAAAAAACACGAUAUGCUUCUUGGGAUGCUUUUUGAGCAAGGGACAUAUAAGAAACUCUACAGCUAUCGACAUCUUAUAAAUGGGUUUUCUGUUCAUAUUUCCCCAGAGCAGGCAGAAACUCUAAGACAUGCUCCUGGAGUGAAAUCUGUUGAGAGGGACUGGAAAGUGAGGAGACUUACUACACAUACCCCACAAUUUUUAGGGCUUCCAACUGGGGUUUGGCCAACAGGAGGUGGCUUUGAUCGGGCUGGUGAAGACAUAGUGAUUGGAUUUGUGGACUCAGGGAUCUAUCCUCAUCACCCAAGCUUUGCAACUCAUCAUACUGAACCAUAUGGGCCAGUUCCACAGUAUAGAGGAAAAUGUGAAGUUGAUCCAGAUACUAAAAAAAGUUACUGUAAUGGGAAGAUUGUUGGAGCACAACAUUUUGCCCAAGCUGCAAUAGCUGCAGGGGCAUUUAACCCUUCAAUUGAUUUUGCAUCUCCUCUGGAUGGAGAUGGACACGGAAGUCAUACUGCUUCUAUUGCUGCUGGAAAUAAUGGAAUUCCUGUGAGGAUGCAUGGCCAUGAAUUUGGGAAAGCAAGUGGGAUGGCUCCUCGUGCCAGGAUUGCUGUGUACAAGGCACUCUAUAGACUGUUUGGAGGUUUUGUUGCCGAUGUAGUUGCUGCAAUUGAUCAGGCUGUCUAUGACGGAGUGGAUAUACUCAGCCUUUCAGUUGGACCCAACAGUCCUCCUGCAGCCACCAAAACUACGUUUUUGAACCCUUUUGAUGCUACACUUCUUGGAGCGGUGAAAGCUGGAGUAUUUGUUGCACAGGCUGCUGGAAACGGUGGUCCUUUUCCUAAGACAUUGGUUUCAUAUAGUCCAUGGAUAGCAUCUGUAGCAGCUGCCAUUGAUGAUCGUAGAUACAAAAACCAUUUGAUCCUUGGAAAUGGAAAAAUCCUAGCUGGAGUUGGGUUAUCACCUUCUACACAUUUAAACCAAACAUAUACAUUAGUUGCUGCAAAUGAUGUGCUGCUAGAUUCUUCAGUUAUGAAGUACAGCCCCACAGAUUGUCAGAAACCAGAAGUUUUAAAUAAGAACUUGAUAGAGGGCAAUAUUCUUCUCUGUGGAUAUUCUUUCAACUUUGUUGUUGGUACUUCAUCAAUCAAGAAAGUCUCAGAAACAGCAAAGGCCCUUGGUGCAGUUGGAUUUGUUCUUUGUGUUGAAAACGUUUCCCCCGGAACAAAAUUUGAUCCAGUUCCUGUUGGCCUUCCUGGGAUUCUUAUCACAGAAGUCAGCAAUUCGAAGGAACUUAUAGAUUAUUAUAAUAUCUCUACACCAAGAGACUGGACUGGACGGGUGAAGAGUUUCAAAGGUACAGGUAAAAUUGGCGAUGGUUUGAUGCCUAUUCUACAUAAAUCUGCGCCACAGGUGGCAUUAUUCUCUGCUCGAGGGCCAAAUAUAAAGGACUUCAGCUUCCAAGAGGCGGAUCUUCUCAAACCAGAUAUAUUAGCCCCUGGUUCUUUGAUUUGGGCUGCUUGGUGUCCAAAUGGAACUGAUGAGCCAAAUUAUGUCGGCGAGGGAUUUGCGAUGAUAUCUGGAACUAGCAUGGCUGCACCACAUAUAGCUGGAAUUGCUGCUCUUAUAAAGCAGAAGCAUCCACACUGGAGCCCUGCUGCCAUUAAAUCAUCCUUGAUGACAACAUCAACAACUCUAGACAGAGCAGGGAAUCCUCUUCUAGCCCAGCAAACUUCUGAAACAGAAGUUAUGAAGCUGGUCAAAGCUACUCCUUUUGAUUAUGGGAGUGGACAUGUUAAUCCAACAGCCGCCUUGGACCCUGGGCUCAUCUUUGAUGCAGGAUACGAGGAUUAUCUAGGCUUCUUGUGCACAACUCCCAGCAUUAAUGUUCAUGAGAUAAUGAACUACACUCACACACCAUGUAACAAUACCAUGGGCAAACCAUCAAAUUUAAACACCCCAUCUAUCGCAAUUUCCCAUCUUGUGAGAACUCAAGUUGUCACCCGCAGUGUCACAAACGUUGCCGAGGAAGAAACCUAUGUGAUCACAGCCAGAAUGGAACCAGCUGUUGCCAUUGAAGUCAACCCUCCUGCAAUGACUAUCAAAGCAGGUGCAUCUCGUCAGUUUUCUGUGACACUCACAGUUCGCUCAGUUACAGGAACCUAUAGUUUUGGAGAGGUUUUAAUGAAAGGGAGCAGAGGGCACAAGGUGAGAAUCCCUGUUGUGGCCAAUGGAUUCCCACGGUAGCUUAGUUUGUUCAGCAAAGGAAAGCAAUGCUUGUAAUAUUCUUUGUAACUUGUGGGGGAAUAAGGUUUGGCGCUAGAUUUAUUCAUCUAAAAAUAUGAUAUAAUAUAUAUAUAUAUAAUAUUGAAUUAUGAAUAGGUGUAAAGGUAAGCAGGUCUAAGGGGGGUGAUUCCCUAGUUUCUUCCACGUAUAAAGUUU